CCUAUAUUUUCACCCCAUCUGAAUCAACUCGCUCUACGAUUGGCGACUGGAGCCCAAGUAUCUCGCUGCCUGCGGACCCCUAAUUCCAACCGUUCUUCAUCUCAAAAGUUCUACUGUAGUUGAUCGCGAUGGCUCAAUCAGGAAUCAAAGUUGCCGCUGAGUGCGUUACCGCCUAUGAAGAGCUGAAGAGCAAGAAGGCGUUCAGAUUCAUCUUGUUCAAGAUCAGCGACGAUGGCAAGGAAAUUGUUGUCGACGAGACGGGCAAAGAAGAUGAUUGGGAUGUCUUCCGUGAGAAGUUAAUCUCAUCGAAGAGCAAAGAUAAGCGUGGUAAAGAGGGAGUCGGUGCCAGAUAUGCCGUCUAUGACUUUCACCACACAAGUGGCGAAGGUAUUGUACAAGAAAAGCCUGGUCUUCUGAGCUGGAUCCCUGACGACGCUGGCGUCUUUGUCAAAAUGACCUACGCUGGUUCUAAGGAGGCGCUCAAGAUGGCACUCCCAGGCCUUGCUGCGGACAUCCAAGCCAGCGCAACCGAGGAUUUGGAGUAUGAAGGCAGCGUACGCCCAAAGGUAUUCAAGAGACUAUAGGCCUCCCUCGGGCGACGAGAAAUAGCCACCAGUGCGUAUGCACAGCUCAAUCGCAACACAGAAGAAUGAAUUGCACAACGAGGUCACGCCAUAAACCUUGGCGGGCCCAUAUGAGAGACGACCGCCUUCGUCUUUGGUGUACUUCAGUCUGAUGGGCUCAAUAUUCCACUGACUUGUUGGACGCGCGGAGAACUCAGAUCUAAACGCUCCAAUUGAUACAUUUCCCUACAUAGUUGCAAUAGUGACUUUCAAAUGUGCACUGUGCCCUAUGAGAUUACGCCGAUGCCUUUUCCCACGCAACUCUAAACAGCCCUGCUAGUCGCUCCCCCUCCUUCUCAUCUCGUAUCCGCUGUAUCAACCAUCCUUUAAGGUCUCCCCAGAACUUUUCCGUAUGCAUGACACCC